GGGUCGCGCGCGGGCGCGCGCGGCAGUGAGGAGUGGGGCGGAGCGUGCGCGGCGCCGCCGCCGCCCCUGCGGCCUGGGCCGGAGCCGCCGCGGACGACGAGCGCGUGGAUUCCGCGGAAGUUCGGCCUCCCUGGAGCCCGCGCAGAGUUGCCCGCUAGAGUGGCCCUAAAUGUAGGAGCAUGAGCCCCACGGUGACCAUGGGGGAGCCAAGGCUGAACUGGGAUAUUGCCCCCAAAAAUGGCCUUCAGACAUUUUUCUCUCGAGAAAAUUAUAAAGAUCAUUCCAUGGCUCCAAGUUUAAAAGAACUGUAUAUUUUAUCUAACAGACGUAUAGGAGAAAAUUUGAAUGCCUCAGCAAGUUCUGUAGAAAAUGAGCCGGCAGUUAGUUCAGCAACUCAAGCAAAGAAAAAAGUUAAAACCACAGUUGGAAUGGUACUUCUUCCCAAACCACGAGUCCCUUACCCUCGUUUCUCUCAUUUCUCACAGAGGGAGCAGAGGGCUUAUGUGGACUUGUUGGUUAAGUAUGCAAAAAUUCCUACAAAUUCCAAAGCUGCUGGAAUAAAUAAAAAUGAUUACAUGCAGUUCUUGGAUAUGAAAAAACUUGUGAACCAAGAAGUUACUGAAUUCCUAAAGUUUUUGCAGAAUUCUGCUAAGAAAUGUGCCCAGGAUUAUGAUAUGCUCUCCGACGAUGCUCGUCUUUUCACAGAGCAAAUUUUACGAGCUUGUAUUGAGCAAGUGAAAAAGUACCCAGAAUUCUAUACUCUGCAUGAAGUCACCAGUUUAAUGGGAUUUUUCCCAUUCAGAUUGGAGAUGGGAUUAAAGUUAGAAAAAACACUUCUUGCAUUGGGCAGUGUAAAGUUUGUAAAGACCGUGUUUUCCUCAAUGCCUGCAAAACUGCAUCUCUCAAAAGACAAUAUGUCUGCCAUUGAAACACCAGAGCAAACAGCUGCAGCAAUGCAUGAUGAUAUUAGUAAUGAUCCAAAUGCAGAGAAGCUUGUUUCAAGAUACCACCCUCAUGUAGCUUUAACUAGUCAGUCAUUGUUUACUUUAUUAAAUAAUCAUGGACCAGACUACAAGGAGCAAUGGGAAAUUCCAGUGUGUAUUCAGCUAAUACCUGUUGCAGGUUCUAAACCAGUUAAAGUUAUUUAUAUUAACUCCCCACUUCCACGAAAGAAAAUGACAAUGAGAGAGAGAAAUCAGAUCUUCCAUGAAGUUCCGUUAAAAUUCAUGAUGUCCAAAAACACAUCUGUUCCAGUCUCUGCGGUAUUUAUGGACAAACCUGAAGAUUAUGUAUCUGAGUUGGAUAUGUCUUGUGAAGUUAAUGAGAGCCGGAAAAUUGAGACCCUUGAGAAUUUGGAUCUGGAUUUUAAUGAUGAUGUCACCGAACUUGAGACUUUUGGAGUGACCACUACCAAACCGUCUCAGUCACCAAGCCCAAAAUGCACUAACACGGCGCCCAGCAGUGCAGACGCUGCCACAGCGCCCACCGCAGCUACCAUGGCCCCCACUGCAGCACCCGCUGCUGUGGCUCCAGGUGUGCCAGACGGUUCAGCCAACUCGAGGCGUUUAUCUCAGAUCUUGCUGGAGCAGCUGCAGAAGGAGAAACAGCUGGUGACUGGUGUGGAUGGUGGUUCUGAAGAGAGUCAAGAGAAAGAUGGGUCAGGGUUUGCCGCCUCCGGUGAAAAGGCAGCAAGUUCUGACAGAGUUUUGAUGCAGGAUUGUGAUUCCAAAGCUUCAGAGUUAGAAAGCUCUAUGGAAAUUGAAACUACUAACAAAAGCCAUGUGGUUGCUGACCAGGCUUGUGCCCAAGAGAGACUCGGUGUUCCAGAGCACACAGACAGUUCAAAGGAAAAGACCCUCACAUCAAACACGGCGAAACCUGAAGGUGUUGCUUGCAGUAGUGAUACAGAUGAAGAUUGUUUAGUCAUUGACACAGAGUGUCAGAACACUAGCAUUGGAAAGACAACCAAUGCAGACUCUAAUUUAAAUUCUAAAUCAGUGAGUCCAAAUUCUUCCACAGCACAGUCUUCCCUAGGAAACCAGACAGACUCUACUUGUCCUGAGGAAUCUUGUGUUUUAAAAAAACCUAUCAAACGAGUCUAUAAAAAAUUUGACCCAGUUGGAGAAAUCUUAAAAAUGCAGGAUGAACUCUUAAAACCAAUAUCCAGAAAAGUACCUGAAUUGCCUUUAAUGAAUUUGGAGAAUUCUCAGCAGCCUCCUUCUGAACAGCCCUGUACUCCUUCAGACACCUCAGCUUGGCCAAAAGCUUCCUGGCCUUCUGCAUUUCAGAAGCCAAAAGGACGAUUGCCAUAUGAACUUCAAGAUUAUGUUGAAGAUACUUCGGAAUAUGUAGCCCCUCAGGAAGGAAAUUUUGUUUACAAGUUGUUCAGCCUGCAGGACCUGCUGUUGCUUGUGCGAUGCAGUGUCCAGAGAAUAGAGACCAGGCCACGUUCCAAAAAACGAAAGAAAAUCAGAAGACAAUUUCCAGUUUACGUACUACCAAAAGUGGAGUAUCAAGCUUGUUACGGAGUUGAAGCUCUGACUGAAAGUGAACUUUGUCGCUUGUGGACUGAAAGUUUACUACAUUCCAACUGCUCAUUCUAUGUUGGACAUAUUGAUGCAUUUACUUCGAAGCUUUUCCUGCUAGAAGAAAUUACCUCAGAAGAAUUAAAAGUAAAGCUUUCAGCUCUCAAGAUUUCAAGUUUAUUUAACAUCUUGCAACACAUUCUAAAGAAAUUAAGUAGCUUGCAGGAGGGCUCCUACUUGCUGUCUCACGCAGCUGAAGAUUCCUCACUCCUGAUCUACAAGACGUCUGAUGGGAAGCUCACACGGACUGCUUACAAUCUACACAAGACUCACUGCAGCCUUCCGGGGGCGCCCUCCAGCCUCUCGGUGCCCUGGGUGCCCCUGGACCCCAGCCUUCUGCUGCCCUACCAUGUCUUCCACGGGCGCAUCCCUUGCACGUUCCCCCCCAGGUCGCUGGAGCCCGCAGCACAGCAGAAGACGGGGAGCCUGAAGGCGAGGCCAGCAGCAGCGCCCAGUUGGUGGGACAAGAGUCCCCGCACGUCGCCGCAGGAAUCCAGUUUCCAUGGGAACCAAAAGCCUGCUUUCUCGGCCAGCUGAAAAGGAAGGAGCAGCUCCCAGAAAAAGAAAGACGACUUAAGAACUCCACCAUGUAAAGCGAAGAAGAAGCAGUGUAACAGUGUUCACUUUGGGAAAGUUUGAGGGAAAUGUGCCUGAAAGAUCAGUAGACAAGGGGAAUAAUUUAGUGUCUUUGACUCCUGAGAGUGCCUUGAAAAAAGCAUGUUGGCUGCAAAGGAAUGUUUCUCUCGAAAUGCAAUGUGUGCUUUUAACACUCAGUGUUUGAGGAGAAAGAAUCUAGGUUUAACAUUAUCAUGGCAGGGAAAUUUAUAAGGAGAAAAUAUUUUUAUAGUUGAUCUUUUACAAAAAUGGUUAAUAGGAAAAUAAUUUGCUUUUUUCAAGAGCUAUAUUUAUCAUUAUAUAUUAUGUUAAUAAGUUGAAUUAUGUCUCGAGUCUAUUGAGAUUGGUUCCAAAGGUAAAGAUCUUCCCUCAGAGAGAUGAUUUUGAGCAAUAUAAACCUUGUUUAUGAACCAUUGUGGCAAGUUUUUAUAUGCUACUUUAACAUGAUCAUUGUUGCCUGUUAAUAAAACUAAUAUCUUCAA